CGGAAGAGCGGGCAACGGCGACCGGGAGGAGCCCAAAAGCCCCAAUAAAAACGCCUUUCUCGAGCUCGGGAGGGGGGUGGGGCGACUGCGAGGUCACGUGGCCUGGAGAGACAAUAUGGAGGUGAGGGAGUUUAUCGUGAAGGAGGAGGUGGAAGAGGAGGCCAUCGCGACGGUGGCCGCGGAGACGCAGAGGAGGGCCCAAGCGGGCGGCCAGGAGGAGGAACGGGUUCGCCGCCGGAGGGUCGCCUCCGAGGACAAGGUCUUCAUCUGCUCCUUCCCGGACUGCGUGGCCACCUUCAACAGGCCCUUCAAGCUCAAAGCGCACCUGCUCCGCCAUAUGGGCCAAGAGCAGGAGCGCCCUUUUAUUUGUACAUACGAAGGCUGUGGCAAAGGCUUCACAAGAGAUGCUCACCUUAAGCGCCAUUACCUUAUACAUACAGGAGAAAAACCAUAUGAAUGCACAGUGCCUGGUUGCAAUGAAAAGUUCAUCACAAAAGCAAACUUGAACAAGCAUGUUAUUCGCAGGCAUCUGCAGAGGAAAUAUGUAUGUGAAUUUGAAAAUUGUGGGAAGGCUUUCAAGAAGCACCAGCAGUUGAAAGUCCAUGAGUCCCAACACACUGGGGAGCCAGUCUUCAAAUGUACCCAUGAAGAAUGUGGAAAGCAUUUUGCGACACCUGCGCAUCUAAAACGUCAUGGGAAAACUCACGAAGGUUAUCCAUGCAGAAAGGGGGACUGUCCAUAUGUUGGGAAAACCUGGUCGGAGCUUCUGAAACACAUGAGAUACAGUCACACGGAACCAGUGAUCUGCAAGAUAUGUUCCAAAGAAUUCACCCGCAAAGAUUACCUCAGAAGCCACCAGAAAAUUCACGCUGCCAACAGAGAAGUUCUAAAAUGUCCAAGGGAGAACUGUGAACGAACUUAUACAACGGUGUUCAAUCUCAAGAGCCAUAUUCUUUCAUUUCAUGAGGCCAGAAGACCAUUCAGAUGUGACCAUCCUGGCUGUGGAAGAGACUUUGCAAUGAAACAAAGCCUCAUAAGGCACACAGUGAUACAUGAUCCUGAAAAAAGAAAUGCCAAGGUUAAAAAGCCAAGACCUAGGCGGAGCCUAGCCUCUCACCUCAGUGGAUACAUCCCAUUGAAAUCAAACCAAAGAGACAUACUGUCCAUCAGUGAUAGUUUGACUGAACCUGCAAUGAACAAUACAAUGCUGGCAGUGGAAACACUGUCCCUUGGCUAGAGUUUCAGAUGAGCCUGAACAAUAGCU